AUGGGAAAGAAGAAGCAAAACAAGCAAAAGGCGAAGCCAAUGUCCACUGAGAAUCCGAAACCGGCGCCACCAGCUCCCGUUGAAGUGAAACCAUCCGUUCAGGUGACACAACAAGCAAAUUCUUCGUCAGAAGAGUCAAAGGAAGUUGGAAAGAUUUCGUUGGAAAUCAUCAAAAUUCUGGAAGUCCAGAAAGUCGGAUUGUCGGAAAUAUUCAAUGAAUUCACUGGAAAAGUUCAAAAGAAAAUUGAUGAUGACCACAAACAAUUGGUGGAAUUCAUGAAGAACAUGAUGAACGCGAGUUCUGAUCAAAUGAAAACAUCUGAAAAAGAGAAAGAGAUUCUAGAAAAUAAACUAUCGGAGGUCGAAAGAGAGCUGACUCUAGUUUAUCACUAUAUGGACUUGAAAAAAGUUGAAGAAGAAAAAACAAAAUCACAGGGCGAGGUGGUUCAAAACCUCCGAGAUCAGGAAAGCCAAGAUUCGAAAAUCUCACAGUUCAAAACUAAGUUGGAUGAGAUGAACUCGCUGAUAUCAAAAAAAAAUUUGAUUAUCAGACAAUAUCAAGACAAAAACAAUGAGUUGGGAUGCGAUAAUGAAAAAUUAGAACUUGAGCUUCUGGGGGAAAAGCGUGAGAAUCAAAAAACUCGUCGUCGCCUGGAAAAGGAAAUUGAGAAUUUGAAGAAUCAGUUGGAUCGUCUCGCUGGACCAAGCACAUCAUCUUCCAGUGGACCGACGACUGAAGUAUCUGCCCUCUCGUCAGAUGCCAAGAACAAAGAGACGUCUCAAUUUCCUACUGUUUCCUUUGAGCCAAUGAUGGAGGAACUCAUUGAUAUCGGCUUCCUUGAAAUGGUGAUUUCCCAAGUUCGCUAUUUCGCUAUCUAA